UGGGGGUUGACGCGGUGACGGGGCGACAUCUCUGCGCCCGCGUUAGCUGCAGAAGCGGCCAGAUUCUCACACCUUAGCUCCCUCUCCCUGCACUUCCCUAAAGUCAGGUUGCCCCUCUGGGUCUUUGAGCCUGCAGCCCGCCUGACUCCCGUGUUAGGACCCCCGUUGUUUCCGCCUCUUAUUUCGCGCCUUCUUUUUUAGGCUUGAAGGGGGCGGGGUUGGAAUGUCUGCGCCACCACCGUUGCCGAGGCGACGACUUGGUUACUUCCGUUGGUCUCAAUGCUUCCGGGUUGGCGCUGCGGUGUUGUUUCCGAAAGUGGGAGCCUCGGCUUCCCAGUCGUCCGAUGAGCCUGAGCAGCACCAGAAAAGUGCCACUGUAAGUCAUGAGAUGUCUGGUCUGAACUGGAAACCCUUUGUAUAUGGCGGCCUUGCCUCUAUCGUUGCUGAGUUUGGAACGUUCCCUGUGGACCUGACCAAAACGCGACUUCAAGUUCAAGGCCAAAGCAUUGAUGUCCGUUUCAAAGAGAUAAAAUACCGAGGAAUGUUUCAUGCCUUGUUCCGAAUCUAUAAAGAAGAAGGCAUAUUGGCUCUGUAUUCAGGAAUCGCUCCUGCUUUACUAAGACAGGCAUCAUAUGGCACCAUUAAAAUUGGCAUUUACCAAAGCUUGAAGAGAUUAUUUGUAGAACGUUUAGAAGAUGAAACGCUUUUAAUUAAUAUGAUAUGUGGGGUAGUGUCAGGGGUGAUAUCUUCCACUAUAGCCAAUCCCACCGACGUGCUAAAGAUUCGAAUGCAAGCUCAAGGAAGCUUGUUUCAAGGCAGCAUGAUUGGCAGCUUCAUUGAUAUAUACCAACAAGAAGGUACCAGGGGUCUCUGGAGGGGUGUUGUCCCAACUGCUCAGCGGGCUGCCAUUGUUGUGGGUGUAGAGCUACCAGUCUAUGAUAUUACGAAGAAGCACUUAAUAUUGUCAGGCGUGAUGGGAGACACAAUCUUGACUCACUUUGUUUCUAGCUUUACCUGUGGCUUGGCUGGGGCUCUGGCUUCCAAUCCAGUUGAUGUGGUUCGAACUCGCAUGAUGAACCAAAGGGCAAUUGUGGGACAUGUGGACCUCUACAAGGGCACUUUGGAUGGCAUUUUAAAGAGUGCCAAAACACUUUGGUGAAUGGAAUUGUGCAUUCAUCUCUGACAUAGAAAUGAAAAGGUGCAAACCCGUCCUUUUACCUCCAUUUAAAACCCUUGAGUGGCUUCUCAUUGACUCAAGGCUCCAUAUUUGACCCCUUUUUAAUUCUACAGCCUUAUCUCUGCUACCUUUAUUCUACAUUCCAAAUAUACUGAACAAGUUCUAGUACUAGAUUGUCUUUCAUUCCCAAGUUUUCACCUGUGCCAUGUACUUUGUUAGACACCCCACCCCCAAUAUCCUUUUCUCUUGGUUCCUACCCAUUCUUCAGAUCAUGUUAUUUUUUUCAUAAAGGACUUCUUGACUGUUAAACUAUGUUAUGUAUGCAUGAUUUCAUGUACUUACUCUGUCAUAGCAUUUAUUAUACUUUUAAAAACAUCUUUUUUAUGACUAAUUCAUGUAUCAUGAAAUUCACUUGGUCAAAGUGGUUUUUGGUAUAUUAACAGAUAUGUGCAACCAUUAUCACUACAGUCAAUUUUAGAACAUUUUCAUGACCUCAGAAAGAAAUCCUAUGCUCUUUAAGCUAUAACUUCCUUAGCCCCCCAGCCCUAAGAAACCACAAAUUUGCUUCUUAUCUGUAUAGAUUUGCCUAUUCUGGAGAUCUCAUAUAAAUGGAAUUAUACAAUAUGUGACCUUUUUGACUAGCUCCUUUCACUUACCAUAAUGUUUCAAGGUUCCUCCAUGCUGUGGUGUAUAUCAGUACAGGCAUACCUCAGAGAUAUUGCAGGUUUGGUUCCAGACCACCACAAUAAUGCAAAUAUCACAAUAAAGUGAGCCACAUGAAUUUUUAAUUUUCUAGUGCAUAUAAAAGUUAUGUUUGCACUAUACUGUAGUCUAUGAAAUGUAUAAUAGUAUUCUCUAAAAAAGCAAUGUACAGACCUUGAUUAAAAAAAUCAAGGUAUGAUUGCUAAAAAUGCUAACCAUCAUCUGAGCCUUGAGUGAGUCCUAAUCUCUUUGCAAUAGUAACAUCAAAGAUCACUGAUCACAGAUCACCAUAACGAAUAUAAUGGUAAUGAAGAAGUUUUAAAUAUAGUGAGAAUUACCAAAAGUGACAGACACAAAUGAGCAAAUGCUGUUGGGAAAAUGGUGCUGAUAGACUUGCUCAAUGCAGGGUUGCCACAAAUCUUCAAUUUGUGAAAAACACAGUACCUGCAAAGUGUAAUAAGGUGAAGUGCAGUUAAACGAGGUAUGCCUGUACUUCACUCCUUUUUAUGGCUGGAUAACAUUCUGUUGUAUGGCUGUAUCAAAUUUAUUCACAUUUGUUACAUUUUAUUGUACAGUUGACCCUUGAACAAUGCAAGUUUGAAUGGGUCCACUUAUAUGCAGAUUUUUUUAGUGGUUAAUAGUAUGGUACUACACAACCUGCAGUUGGUUGAAUCUGAGGAUGUGGAGGGCCAACAUAAGUUAUACAUAGAUUUUGACUGCAUGGAGGGUCAGUGUCCCUAACACUCAUGUCAUUCAAGAGUCAACUGUAAUUGCUUUUAAUACCUGUAUGUCCCAGUAGACUAUGAGUUCCAUGAAGGCAGAGUCAUGAUGUGCACCUUGCUUAUCACUUUAUCCACAGCAAAUUAUUUAUUGAAUGAAUGUAUAACUUCAUGAAGUAGCCUGUUGUCUCUGUUUAUCUAUAGAAGUUCCUGUUUGUUUUCACUCAACUGCCUCCAGCCAAAAAGUGUACCUCCCACUUCUAAUGUUCUGAAGAAGUUGGUCCCUGUUUUGGAGCUUUAUAAGGAUUCAGAUGGCUCAUGAGAGUGUCAGAGACCCUGUGUGUGUGUGUGUGUGUGUUAAAGUUUGUGUUCAUUUACUCAAUAAAUAUUUAUAUAGAUACUAGUAGAAACUUUACUCUGCUAGACAGUGUUAGAUAGUGGGAUAUAAUGGUGAAGAAGACUAAUGUGGUCCCUGCUCUCCUGGAGAUUACAUUCUAGUUGAGAGAGACAGGCAAACACAGAGAUAAUAAAUAGUGUAAUUUCAGAUGGAAGUAAAUGCUACAUAACACAGCAUAAUGAGACAGUGGCUUGGUGAUGGUGGUGGGGAACUACUUCAGCUAGGAUGGCCAGGAAAAGGCUGUGAGGAGGUGACAUUUGAGAAGAGGUCUGGAUGAUGAGAAGGUAGCAACAUGAAGAUGUAAGAGAAAAACAUUUCAGAAAGAGGGAACAGAUAUAAAGGCCCUGAAUUGGGAAUGAGCUACACAUGUUCAGGGGUUAAAAACAAAGCUGGUAUGGCUGAGUGUGGUGAAAAAGUAGAAGGAAAAAGUAGUAGGAAAUGGAACUGGAGAGGGAGGCAGGGACUAAAUCAUGUAGGAUCCUGUAGAUCAUGGAGGAAAAUUUGCAAUUAAAAGGAAAUUCACUGGGACCCCAUUGGAGAGCUUUAAACAGGAAAGUGACACUAUCCAAUUUAUAAUUUUAAAAGAUUGCUUUGGCUUCCAAGUGGAGAUUGUAGACCUAAUUCCUAACCUCAUGGGGUAGUAGUCCAGAUUUCAGCUAGGGCUGUAAUCAUCUGAAGACUUGACUGGGGCUGGGGCAUCUACUUCAAAGAUCACUCAUGUGGUUGUUAGCAGGAAGCCUCUGUUCCUCUCUGGCUGUUGGCUGGAGGGCUUAGUUUCUCAACACAUGGGCCUCUCUUCAUGACAUGGCAGCUGGCUUCCUCCAGAGCGAAAGAUCCAAGAGAGAAUAAGUCAAAGCCUUAUUAUAUACAAAAUGUCCUUUAUAGCACAGCACUGGAGGUGACAUACGUUCACUACUGCCGUACUCUAUUGGUGACACAGACUGAUCCUGAUAUGUGUUGGGAGGGGCUACACAAGGGUGUGAGUAGUGGGAGGUGGCUUUCAUAGGGGGCCAUCUUGGAGGCUGGCUACCGUAGACACUUUGUCUCUCUUGUUUAUUAUUAUUACUAUUAUCCCAACAUUGAGAAGAGUACCUUACAUAUUGUAGGUGCAUAGUAAAUAUUUUGAGUUGAAUGAGUGGGGUAAUGGAUUUAGAAUACAUAUGAAUUCAAAAUGUAUGUCUUUAGAAAAAAAGGACCAUUCAUGGAGCCUAAGUUGUUGGGGAGGGGCAUGGAAGAUGAGUACUAAGAUAAAAGUAAUUGUCAGCUGUAAAGUGUAAAAGGAAUUCACUCU